AAGUUUAUCUAUUCAUGGGGCUGAAAAGCGUGUGCAAAUCUGUCAGCGGAGGACUGCAGCAAGCUACCCAGUGUCACAGCGUCCACCUGUGGUUGGGCACCCUUCAUUACCACAAGUCAGAAGGUCACUAAGCAUGGAAGCCUCAUCAGCUGGAUCAAGUAAUCCAACAGCCUCUGGUGGAAAAGCAAAAACCCACCAGCCAGUAGCUAAGGAUGUCAACAUUUUUUUUGAUGAGCUAGAAGGUGUGAACAGCCCUUCCAAAGAUGAUGAUUCCCUGCUUCACCAUGGUAACUUGACCAGUACUUCUGAUGAUGCCAGCAGGUUGGAAGUGGUGGGAGAGGAAGUACCUGAUAAAAACAAAGCCAAUGGACUGUAUUUUAGAGAUGGAAAAUGUCGGAUUGACUACAUCCUUGUUUACAGAAAAUCCAAUCCACAGACAGAAAAGAGGGAAGUAUUUGAAAGAAAUAUCAGGGCAGAAGGAAUUCAAAUGGAAAAAGAGUCAUCUCUAACAAACAGUGACAUCAUCUUUGUGAAGUUGCAUGCCCCUUGGGAGGUCCUGGGCAAAUACGCUGAACUAAUGAAUGUAAGAAUGCCAUUCAGGCCCUUUAACCCCUUCACUGCUGGAGCCCCCUGCAUACUUGUGCGCUGCUGUUUUUUAAAUGGACAUUUCAUUGAAAUCAAUGGGAGGUCAAGAAGAUCCAGGAGAAAAAUCUAUUACCUGCACCGCCGAUACAAGUUCAUGAAUAGGAUCGAGAAACAAAUAAGCAGGUUUCGAGGAUGGUUACCUAGAAAGCCAAUGAAACUGGACAAGGAGACACUGCCAGAUCUAGAAGAGAAUGACUGCUAUACUGCUCCAUUCAGCCAACAAAGGAUCCAUCACUUCAUCAUACACAACAAAGACACUUUCUUCAAUAACGCUACAAGAAGUAGAAUUGUACACCAUAUCUUACAAAGAGUGAAAUAUGAAGAAGGGAAAAACAAAAUUGGUCUGAAUCGAUUGCUCAGUAAUGGCUCCUAUGAAGCUGCAUUUCCUCUUCAUGAGGGAAGCUACAGAAGUAAGAAUUCAAUAAAAACCCAUGGGGCAGAAAACCACAGACACCUGCUCUACGAGUGCUGGGCUUCCUGGGGAGUCUGGUAUAAAUACCAACCACUGGAUCUAGUGAGACGAUACUUUGGUGAGAAAAUCGGGCUGUACUUUGCCUGGUUAGGCUGGUAUACGGGGAUGCUCUUCCCAGCUGCCUUCAUUGGAUUGUUUGUCUUUUUGUAUGGAGUCACUACUUUGAACCACUGCCAAGUCAGUAAAGAAGUCUGCCAAGCUACAGAUAUCAUAAUGUGUCCUAUAUGUGAUAAAUACUGUCCUUUCAUGAGGCUGUCAGACAGCUGCGUUUAUGCCAAGGUAACACACCUUUUUGACAAUGGAGCUACUGUCUUUUUUGCUGUUUUCAUGGCAGUGUGGGCUACUGUUUUUCUGGAGUUUUGGAAACGAAGGCGAGCAGUAAUUGCUUAUGACUGGGACUUGAUAGACUGGGAAGAAGAAGAGGAAGAGAUACGUCCGCAGUUUGAAGCCAAGUACUCCAAGAAAGAACGAAUGAACCCCAUAUCCGGAAAGCCAGAGCCUUAUCAAGCAUUUGCAGAUAAAUGCAGCAGACUCAUUGUUUCUGCAUCUGGAAUAUUUUUUAUGAUCUGUGUGGUGAUUGCUGCUGUUUUUGGCAUUGUUAUUUACCGUGUUGUGACUGUCAGCACUUUUGCUGCCUUCAAGUGGGCUUUAAUCAGGAAUAACUCUCAGGUUGCAACUACAGGGACUGCAGUGUGCAUCAACUUUUGCAUCAUCAUGUUACUGAAUGUGCUGUAUGAAAAGGUUGCUCUUUUCCUGACAAAUUUAGAGCAGCCUCGUACAGAAUCUGAGUGGGAGAACAGCUUCACAUUGAAAAUGUUUCUUUUUCAGUUUGUCAACCUGAACAGCUCUACCUUUUAUAUAGCAUUCUUCCUUGGAAGAUUUACAGGACACCCUGGAGCCUACCUAAGGCUGAUAAACCGGUGGAGACUGGAAGAGUGCCACCCUAGUGGAUGCCUUAUUGAUCUCUGUAUGCAAAUGGGUAUCAUAAUGGUGCUAAAGCAGACUUGGAAUAAUUUCAUGGAACUGGGCUACCCGCUAAUUCAAAAUUGGUGGACCAGAAGAAAACUACGGCAAGAGUAUGGCACACAGAGAAAAACAAGCUUCCCACAGUGGGAAAAGGACUACAAUCUGCAGCCUAUGAAUGCUUAUGGACUGUUUGAUGAAUACCUAGAAAUGAUUCUUCAGUUUGGAUUCACAACCAUUUUUGUGGCAGCUUUUCCAUUGGCACCACUUCUGGCCUUACUUAACAAUAUUAUUGAAAUUAGGCUUGAUGCAUACAAAUUUGUCACCCAAUGGAGAAGACCUUUAGCAUCAAGAGCCAAAGAUAUAGGAAUAUGGUAUGGGAUUCUGGAAGGCAUUGGAAUUCUUUCUGUUAUCACAAAUGCAUUUGUUAUUGCCGUGACAUCAGAUUUCAUCCCUCGACUUGUUUAUGCUUACAAAUAUGGACCUUGUGCAGGACAAGGAGAAGCUGGGCAAAAGUGUAUGGUUGGCUAUGUUAAUGCCAGUUUAUCAGUAUUUCUGGUGUCGGACUUUGAAAACCGUUCAGAGCCUACAUCAAAUGGAAGUGAAUUCUCUGGUUCACCAUUGAAAUAUUGCAGGUACAGGGACUACCGAGACCCUCCUCACUCCCCAGUGCCCUAUGGCUACACGCUGCAGUUCUGGCAUGUCCUAGCAGCACGGCUGGCUUUCAUUAUUGUAUUUGAGCACCUUGUCUUUUGCAUAAAGCACCUGAUUUCCUACUUAAUCCCAGAUCUUCCAAAGGAUCUGAGAGAUCGAAUGAGGAGAGAAAAAUACCUGAUUCAGGAAAUGAUGUAUGAAGCGGAAUUAGAACGUCUGCAGAAAGAAAGGAAGGAAAGAAAGAAGAAUGGAAAAUCUUAUCACAAUGAAUGGCCAUGAUGGGCUCCACAAGAGCACUACCUUCAAAGGAAAGAGAAAAAAUGCAACCUCAGUGCAUGCCACAGACAUUUGCCAUAGCAAGCAGGACAACACACAUCAAAGGAUUUACAGUGAAAUCAUCUUGCAAUCAGCAUAGGAUUGAUCUCUAUAGACCACUCUUGACAGCAAGCAUGUACUUCAUGAGCAGUUACACACCAGUUUUUAAAACCAAGGAAAAAAUUGUAUACUGGGACUGUUUUUCAGCCUGUUUGCUACAAUUUUUGCAUUCUGUCCCACAUUGGUUUUACAAACCUUAGAAUAAUAAAUGUAAAUGAGCACCCUGGAUACUUUGACAAAAGUAAAAGCCUAGGUAUAGAGCACCAUCUGUGUUCAAGCCACCAAAUACUACAACUGAAACCCUGUUUACAAAUCUGUUCUUUAUUUUAAAUCUUUCUGA